UACGAAAAAAGUUGCAACUCAUUUUUUUCCCAAUACGAAAACGGACUGUGGUCUGACCGGAGAGAAAAGACGGAGGAUCCGCUUCUCUCCGAUUCAAUCGUAUUUCUUCGGAAUCUCAAUCCCUUUCCACUCUACUCUUAAUUCAAAAGCAUUACUCGAUUCAACUCUCACUCGCAUCUCUGCGUUUGCGUUCAAAGGAAUGGCUUCCGUCAAUCUUAUCAAAUCUUGCAUCGACUCCAUUACACAGAUAUCAGAAGACAUUGAAGGUGCAAUUGUUUAUUUAGAUGCCGGAGUUACAGAGAGUUUUCAAUUUAUUGAAGCAUUUCCAGUUCUUCUUGAACUCGGCGCACGAGCUGUUUGCAGUUUGGAAAACAUGACUGCACUUGAUGUGGUGGGUGAUUGGAACUCAAGUUCUGAUCCUGCGAGAAAACUUGUGGUUAUCACGUCACGUCUACUAAGUGAUGCACAUCGGUAUAUUUUGCGUUGCCUGACGACACAUCAAGUUGUUCGUCAUUGCAUUAUAUUCACAUCUAUCUCCGAGAUGGCUCACUCAGUGUUUCCUGAUUCACCUCUGGGACCAGGGGCAUAUAGUGACUAUGGGUCGUUACUAGUACAAGAUUAUGAAGAACUAAAUAAAUCUGGGAAAAAACCUAGGCAGAUUGGUAGCAUGUUACAGGAAAAACUUAACUUUGUAGAUGGAGGUCGCUUUCAGUUUCCUUCCAGUGGAGAGGAUGUUCCCCAUCUUGAAGCUAGUUCAAGCGGAAGAGAUUUUUAUGAUCACAAUCCAUUAGACCUUAUUGCAGAUACAGUGCAGGAAUUGGUUAUUUCUGUUCACCAUUUUCCCAUGAUUUUAUGUCCCAUUUCACCAAAAGCAUUUGUUCUUCCUUCAGAAGGAUUGGUGGCUGAAUCGUACUUAUCAGCAAAACAUGAAGAUUCCAUUACUCCUGGUUUGCCUCCCUUCAGUACUGGCUUGAUCUCUGAUACUGAUGAUGUGCCUCCUGGGGCAACUCUUACAGCCCACUUCCUCUACCAUUUGGCAGCCAAGAUGGACUUGAAAAUGGAAAUUUUCUCCCUCGGUGAUAUGUCAAAAACUGUUGGCAAAAUUUUGACAGACAUGUCAAGUCUUUAUGACAUUGGUCGCCGUAAACGGUCCGUGGGGCUUUUACUCAUUGAUCGCACACUCGAUCUUCUCACUCCUUGUUGCCACGGGGACUCACUUAUUGACCGUAUAUUUUCUGCUUUGCCCCGUAGAGAAAGAACAACUUCCCAUAUUCUAGGCAAAGGUUCAGGAAGCCAACUCAAACUUGGUUCUUCUUGCCUUCAACGUGCUUCUUUAGAUGUUCAGAUACCACUUGCGAAGAUCCUUAAUGAAGAAGAUUGGAAACUAGACAAUUUUCGGCUUUUAGAAAGUGUUGAAGCUUUUUUAUGCGGCUGGAACUCUGGUGACUCUGAUUCUCAGGUUGCAGACUUGAUUAAUCUUAGUCAGAAAAUUUAUGACAAGCCAAGUCACUCUGGUGUAGAUAUACUCACCGGAUCUUUUGUCUCCUCUGAUAAUUUUCGCGGUGUGCCAUUCUUGGAAGCUAUACUAGAUGAAGAAACAAAACGUGGGGCCGUACUGGUAAAGAAAUGGCUACAAGAAGCUAUGCGCAGGGAAAUUGUUACCGUGAAUGUGAAAUCUCGUUCUUCUGUUGUUACAACUCCUGAGUUGCAAGCUAUGAUCAAAGCAUUGUCCAAGAGCCAAUCAUCUUUGCUAAGGAACAAAGGAAUUAUCCUAUUAGCGUCAGCCACAUUAUCAGCCCUUGAGGAAUCAAAUUGCACCAAAUGGGAUGCAUUUAGCAGUGCAGUGAAAACUCUGAGUGUAAGCUCUGGAGAAACCAGUCAAAGUCUUGCCGCUCAAAUUGGCGAUCUCAUAAAUCAGAGUGCUCUGUUGGGAUCACACAUAAAUAAAGGGAAAAAGGAUAUCUCGAAGGGUUUGAUUUCUUUGCAAGAUGCUUUGCUGUUAAUGAUCAUCGGAUAUAUUUUGGCAGGUCAGAAUUUUCCAACAGCUGGUUCUGAUGGGCCAUUUUCUUGGCAAGAGGAACGUCUGUUAAAAGAAGCCGUUGUUGAUGCUCUUCUUGAAAACUCAUCUGUAGUAAAUCUAAAGUUUCUAGAUGGACUAAAGAAAGAGCUUGAAGCUAAUAUAAGCAAGUCAAAAUCAGAGGAAGCUACCAAAGAGCCGGAGAUUGAUGAUUUUGACGAUGAUCAGUGGGGCAAAUGGGGUGAUGAAGAUGGUGAGGAUGAUAAUAAAAAUGAACAAGUAUAUGGUGACAUGCAACUAAAGUUGGAGUUGCGUGAUAGGGUGGAUAACUUUUUCAAAUUUCUUCAUAAGUUGUCUAAUUUGAAAAGAAAGAAUCUACCAUUGAGGGAUGGUUCAUUGACCGUGGAAGGCAGUUUUGAUGAAGAUGCCUAUGCCGGAAAGGGAUUGGUUUAUAAGGUAUUAGCAAGGGUGCUGGGCAAGUACGAUGUGCCUGGGUUAGAAUAUCAUUCUUCCACUGUGGGGCGCAUUAUUAAUCGUGGAUUUGGAAGACUUCUUGGCCAUAGUCAGGCUAAACCAAGUCUUGCUGAUCAAAAUGUCAUUUUGGUGUUUGUCAUCGGGGGCAUUAAUGGACUAGAGGUGAAAUUCUCGAAUGCCUUGGUCUCUUGGUCCGUCAAGCAAGGCAGGCAUUGGUUGACAGCGGAAGACCUGAUAUAGAGUUGCUUGUUGGCGGAACAACUCUUCUUACUCCUGAUGACAUGCUCGAUUUACUACUAGGGGACUCAAGUUACUUUUAAUUCUUUCAUCAACAAGUAAAUUAGGAGUUAGAAAUUAAAAUGAAUUUGGCUUUCUUUAAUUCUGUGAGUUGUAAUUUUUAACUUUUAUAGGCAGUUUACAUUUUUAAUUUUUUUGGUACACUUUUAUUUUCUUUCGUUACAAAUGUAAAAAUGAGAGAUAUAAGAAGAAAAAAAAAAAUUCAUUUACAGUCAAAA